AUGUACAAACCAGGAAAGAAAGUGUUCCUAGCUGAUCAUUUGAGUCGUUCGUUUCUCAAGGAGACAAGGGAGGUACUCGUUCCGGAUCUUCAGGUGAAUGAAAAUCUUACAUCAUACUUACCUGCCUCACAGGAAAUGCAGGACCGAAUCAGGAAAGAAACCAGUCAUGAUAUGGAACUACAGCAGCUCAUGGAUACAGUCUUAGUUGGAUGGCCGGACAACAAAGCUGAUCUAUCACCAGAAAUUAGGAACUACUGGAAUUUCAGAGACGACAUCUCUUUUAUUGAUGGUAUUCUCUACAAGUCUCAUAAACUCAUUCUUCCAAAGUCGCUGCAAAACGAAAUGCUGGAGAAACUUCAUGUCGGACAUCAAGGAAUCGUCAAGACUAAAGACCGUGCAAGAGACAUUCUGUUUUGGAAUGGUAUGGGAAAAGACAUUGAAAACCUUGUGAGUUCCUGUGAGAUUUGUGCAAAGUACGAAGCCGUGAAUCCUAAUGAACCGAUGAUCCCAAGCGAAUUACCUACAAGACCUUGGUCAAAGAUUGGUAUGAAUCUUUUUGAACUCAAUGGAACUCAUCAUUUACUCACUGUUGAUUACUUGUCAAAGUGGUCAGAGGUGUCUAAACUCGAAUCAUUGACAUCUAAGUGUGUGAUUACUCAUGUUAAGAGCAUGAUUGCCAAAUACGGAAUUCCAGACAUCAUCAUAAGUGAUAAUGGGCCGCAGUUUAGCAGCUUUGAAUUUAGAGAAUUCGUAAAGGGAUAUCAGAUCACACAUUCAGCUACUAGUCCUUACUAUGCUCAGUCUAAUGGACAAACAGAACGCAUGGUCCAGACGAUGAAACGUCUUAUCACCAAAUCUCAUGAUCCAUAUGUAGCUCUGCUAGAGUACAGAAAUACCAAAAUUGAUGGUAUUGACUUGUCGCCUGCUCAGAUGUUUCUAGGGCGAAGACUGAAAUUUAACGUACCAACAAUACUGCCUUUGUUGAAAUCGAACUUAAAUGAGGAUACCCUGGUCAAGCUUAAAUUUCGUCAAGAAAAACAGGAGGAAAACUUCAACAAGUAUGCCAGAAAAGAGCCACUGAAACCUCUUAAGCCAGGAGACAACGUAAUGAUGAAGAAUCCAUCUGGACAGUGGAAAAGCGGGCACAUCAAAGACUUACAUUCGGCUAAACGUUCAUACAUCGUUCAGAGUAACGGAAAACAUUAUAGAAGAAACCGCAAGUUCUUGAGGCCAACUCGAGUUAGAAGUAAAUUUGAAUGCACAGUUACAGAGGAUACUCCAAUAUCCAGUGCUCCGUCGUACAGUCCGCCAAAAUCAGAAGUCAAUGGAACCGAAACUUCUUUGUAG